AUGAAAGGCUCCGCGCUGUUUGGCGCUGCUUUGUGCGCUUGGAGUGCGCUUGCCACUCCCAUUGACCGCCGUGUGGUCGUGGUCACCGAUGUCGAGCUGACCGUCGUCACCGUCACCGUCACCGAGAGCCCGACGAGCUUGGCCGUCUCGACGACAUCAACAACAACCACUCCCUCGCCCGUCUCUGCCACUUCGACCACCGCAGCCAUUUCCUCUGUCUCCGCCACCAGCACGCCGGUAACCGAAGCUGCGCUUGCCCGUGUUAACAAUGACAUGCACCCCGUGUCGUCGUCCACCAGCGAGUCUGUCUUUUCCUCGUCCUCAUCUUGGUCCACGUCCACCUCUGCUGAGCCGACUACGACAUCAAUCGCCACCUCAAGCUCAACUACAUCAAAGUCUACAUCGACAUCGUCUAGCGCCACUGCCACUGCCACCGCCACUUCCGCUUACCAGGCCAUGGUCAUCGAAGCCCACAACAUCCACCGCGCCAACCACUCCGCUUCUGAUCUGAUCUGGAACUCGACCCUGGCCGAGAGUGCCCUCGCGCUGGCCAACACCUGCAACUACGGCCACAACACCGACCUCGGCCCCGCGGCCAACUAUGGCCAGAACAUCGCUUUUGGCGUCGCUGCCGCGGAUGUCGAUGAGAUCAUCACAAACAUGAUGUACAACGACGAGAUGAUGAACUACGAAGGUUUGUAUGGAGAGGCGAGCCCGUCCAUGAGCGAUUUCGACAGCUGGGGCCACUUCAGUCAGAUUGUCUGGGUGGAUACAACCAGCGUGGGCUGUGCUACUGUGACAUGUGAUCCUCUGGGAAAUUCGGGUUCUUCCAUGUCACUGCCAUUUACCGUUUGCAAUUACUAUCCAGCUGGUAACUACGCUGGUGAAUAUGGCGACAACGUUCUGAAGCCACUAGGUGAUCCUAUGGUCGUUGCAUCAUCAUAA